AUGGCGAAAAGCCUGGAGGAGUACACGAAGACUCCUGAGAAACGGGCGCAUAGUUCGAGUGAAUCCACAAACGUACCACUGCAUUUUGCAGUGCAUAAACCCGGAUGCCACUUCGAAAGCUGCUGCGGCAUCUGCAACUUGUUCCCGGGGGUUCUCCUGAUCGCCUUUUGUCAGGUCCUCGUCGGGUCCAUACUCCUUACUCUUAUUCUGACUCAUGGAAGGCAGUAUGAUGAUAUGCACCAUACUCCCGUGUCGCAGUUUAUGAGCCUGGCCUCGGGUGCCGUGCUGAGUGGAGUGACGGGUGCUGGUGUCCUCCUCAUAAUUGUAGCACUCACUGAAAACUGUCGCGCUAUGCUCGUCUACCUUCUUGUAGCUACUCUUGUCUGGACGGGAAUCAUCACGUUAGCAGUUAUAAAAAUCGCCAGGGCCUGCGACCGAUUUCAUAAUGCUCCGAAAAUUAAGGACGAGCACCACCGACUGGACAAUCUAGCUUGUGUUAGUGGACUUUUCACAUUUCUUGGAUCGGGUUGGUAUUGA